UGAAUUAGCAGUAGUAGAGUAGAAAGAAUAUUAAUAAUAAGAAAGAUUUUUAUGUUUAUGCAGUCUUCAUUCACUCCACACUCAACUUUUCUCGUGAAAAAAUAGCCUUUUACGUGACACAGACAGACAUACUCAAACACCAAACACCACUCUUCUUUUUUGUUUUUCAACUGAUCAUACAUUAGAAAACGCACCAGAACAUCUAAACUAACCUAGUUUUUUCACUCACUUGUGUUAGUUUCUUGUUUUGUUCUGUUAAAUAAACUGAGUUUAUGAAAAAUAUGGUAAUUAGUAUAAUGUUUAAAUUUGCAGUUUAUCUUCUAUAAUGCAGCAUCUCUCUUUUUGAGCUUUUUUUGUUUUCUUCUUAUUGUUUUUGGCUCUCCUUUGAUGUGGGUCUUGGUGUUCAUUUUCUUUCUUUAAACCCCAGUUACUUAGCUUUUUUUUUAUUGCUACUUUUUCCCUCUUUUUCCUCCUGAAUUUAAGGGUUUUUUUUGUUGUUGGGUAUAUUUGUUCUUUCUUUGCAUUGCUUUUAUUUCACUAAAUCUCAACUGGGUUUUUCUUCAAAUGUUGAAUGCUGAUUUGGGGUUCACAUUUUUCAUGUUUUUGUUCUCCAAGUUUGGAUUUUUAACUGUGAUUCUUUGAUCAAAUUUUAAUAUUUAAGUUUGGUGCAUUUUUGUGAUGUUACCCAGUUGUGGUUUCAAGUAAAAUUUGAGUUCUUGCAUUCAAGAACCGUUAAUCCAGCUCAAAAAAGACAAAUCCAAUUAUGGCAAUUUUGUGUUUUUCUUAUCUUUUGCUUGUGGGGUUUUUGUCAAAAUCUCAGUUAGUGACUGCUCAGUCCAAUGAUCAAGCUACUGUGUUAGCUAUUAACAGAGAGCUUCAAGUUCCUGGGUGGGGUGACAACAGUACAAGUUACUGUAACUGGCGUGGCAUUGUAUGCAAUUUCAAUCAUUCUUUUGUUGAAAGGCUUGUUAUUUCAAGGCUUGAUCUUAGAGGUAAUGUGACUGUAAUCUCCAAGCUCAAAGCUUUACAUCAGCUUGAUCUUUCUGGUAAUAGUUUUCAUGGUUUGGUUCCUUCAGCUUUUGGUGAUUUGUCUCAGCUUGAAUUUCUUGAUUUGUCUCUGAAUAGAUUUGAAGGUUUGAUUCCUAGGGAAUUGGGUAGUCUUAGAAACCUGAAAUCGUUGAACCUUUCUAACAAUCUGCUUGUUGGAGGAAUACCUAAUGAGCUUAGGGUCUUAGAUAAGUUAGAGGAAUUUCAGAUUUCUAGUAAUAGAUUGAAUGGUUCCAUUCCAUCUUGGCUGGGUAACUUUACAAGAUUAAGAGUUUUUACUGCCUAUGAGAAUGAAUUGGGUGGUGAAAUUCCUGACAAUCUAGGUUCUGUUUCUGAAUUGAAGUUGUUGAACCUUCAUUCCAAUCAGCUUGAUGGGCCAGUACCUAAAAGCAUUUUUGCCAUGGGAAAGUUGGAAGUUUUGGUUCUUACGCAGAAUAGAUUGAACGGUGAACUUCCUGAAUCAGUCGGAAGCUGCGGAAGCCUUUCUAAUAUCCGAAUUGGGAACAAUGAUUUUGUGGGAGUUAUUCCUAAGGCUGUUGGGAAUAUAAGUAGCCUCACAUAUUUUGAAGCUAAUGAUAAUCAUUUAUCUGGUGAGAUUAUCUCCGAGUUUGCACAGUGCUCCAAUCUCACUCUUCUAAACCUGGCCUCAAAUGGAUUCACCGGAGUUAUUCCUCCCGAGCUUGGACAUCUUGUGAAUUUGCAGGAGUUGAUUCUUUCAGGUAACAGUCUGUUUGGAGAAAUACCAGAAUCAAUUCUUGGGUGCAAGAGUCUAAACAAGCUUGAUCUUAGCAAUAAUAGAUUCAAUGGCAGUAUACCAAAUGACAUUUGCAAAAUGUCAAGAUUGCAGUACUUGCUUCUGGGUCAGAAUUCCAUAAAGGGUGAGAUACCUCAUGAGAUCGGAAACUGCAUAAAACUUCUCGAAUUUCAAAUGGGCAGCAACUACUUGACUGGAAGUAUCCCUCCCGAGAUCGGUCACAUCAGGAAUUUGCAGAUAGCCUUAAAUUUAAGCUAUAAUCAUCUGCAUGGACCGCUGCCUCCAGAGUUGGGAAAACUCGACAAACUGGUUUCUUUGGAUGUCUCUAACAAUCAGCUUUCUGGUAUUAUUCCGCAAUCUUUCAAAGGCAUGUUGAGCUUGAUAGAGGUUAACUUCUCUAGCAAUUUGCUCAGUGGUCCAGUGCCUAUAUUUGUACCAUUCCAAAAGAGUCUGAAUUCAAGCUUUUUCGGAAACAAAGGGCUAUGCGGUGAUCCACUGAGCUUGUCUUGUGGUAACUUAUAUGCUCCCGAUCACGAGAAUUACCAUCACAAGGUUUCUUACAGAAUCAUACUAGCCGUAAUUGGUUCCGGUUUAGCAGUUUUUGUCUCAGUAACUGUAGUAGUUUUGCUCUUCAUGAUGCGGGAAAGACAGGAAAAAGCGGCCAAAACUGCAGGGAUUGCAGAUGAGGGAAUAAAUGAUCAACCAACAAUAAUAGCCGGUCAUGUCUUCGUUGAAAAUCUCAGACAAGCAAUCGACCUAGACGCUGUUGUUAAAGCUACUUUAAAGGAUUCUAAUAAGCUCAUUAAUGGAACUUUCAGCACAGUUUACAAAGCAAUCAUGCCUUCUGGGAUGACAUUAUCAGUACGGAAACUACGAUCCAUGGACAGGACCAUUAUUCAUCAUCAGAGCAAGAUGAUUAGAGAGCUGGAAAGGCUGAGCAAGCUCUGUCACGACAAUCUGGUGAGACCUAUUGGAUAUGUAAUUUAUGAAGAUGUUGCUCUUUUGCUCCAUCAUUAUUUACCCAAUGGGACAUUGGCUCAGCUUGUUCACGAGUCUAGCAAGCAACCAGAGUAUGUACCUGACUGGCCUAUAAGGCUGUCGAUUGGCAUAGGAGUGGCAGAAGGAUUGGCUUUUCUUCAUCACGUGGCGACAAUCCACCUUGACAUCUCUUCAGGAAAUGUUCUUUUAGAUGCUGAUUUCAGACCCUUAAUAGGGGAGAUUGAAAUAUCAAAACUCUUAGAUCCAUCUAAAGGCACUGCAAGUAUCAGUGCUGUUGCGGGUUCCUUCGGUUAUAUUCCCCCAGAAUAUGCCUACACAAUGCAAGUUACAGCACCAGGAAAUGUGUAUAGCUAUGGGGUUGUAUUGCUCGAGAUAUUAACAACUAGACUGCCUGUUGAUGAAGAAUUUGGAGAAGGGGUAGAUUUGGUGAAGUGGGUUCAUGGUGCUCCAGUAAGAGGAGAGACACCAGAGCAGAUACUCGACGCGAAACUCAGCACAGUUUCGUUUGGAUGGAGGAGAGAAAUGCUGGCGGCUCUUAAGGUGGCAUUACUCUGCACGGACAGCACACCAGCCAAGCGACCAAAAAUGAAGAAGAUAGUUGAAAUGCUCAAGGAGAUAAAGGAAAAUUGAUCAAAGUAUGUCGAUUCUGUUAUUCGCGUCCCGAAUCAUGAAUCUGGUAAAUAGCUGUAUUUCUGAGUGCUUGCUGUACUAAAAUGUUAAAUGAGCAAUCUCAACAUGUGAAAAUAGUUUAGUUGGAGACAGAACAGGUGAUGGGUUUUUGCAUAUUAGGUCUGCAAUGUAAUGCUCAACUAUUCAAUUUUGAGAUUUCUGUUGGAAAUAUAUGUCAGAUUCAUACUCAA